AUGACCACUCGCGCGAUUGAAGGCAAUGGGAAUGGUGUAGCGGCUACAGGCGAGGUAAAGAUUAGAUACGAUGCCAAGGAGCAGGGGUGGCUGUCAUACAUGGUGGCCCUCGUGACACUGGCGAUGCUGGUCGGCUGGUUCUACGUGAUAGCUUUCAUCGUACUUGUGUGCAUCUACGCCACGCUCGUGCACCAGUCCCUCGUAGCCGUGGCGCUCCUCAUAGUCCUGUUCUCUUCCACCUACUGGCCCUCCCAGAUUCUCUGGCAGGAGUUCAUCGACUUGCCCAUCUGGAAGACCUGGUGCGAGUACUUCUCGUUCACGGUGAUGCAGAAGGGCAAGGGAGUGUCGCCCGACAGGCACUACAUCUUCGUCGAGUUCCCGCACGGCGUCUUUCCCCUCGGCUUCAUGCUCUCCGCCACCAUCGUGCAGAAGGUGUUGACCGGCCUACGAGUCGAGGGCGCCAUCGCCUCCGUUCUCUUCCGCAUUCCCGUGCUCGCGCAGCUGUGCCAUUGGCCUGCCACGACGGGCAACAUUCACAAGCUGUUGGACCAGGGCUCGGCUGGCCUCAUGGCCGGCGGCAUCGCCGAGAUCUUCCUCUCGUCUCGCGAGCACGAGAAAGUGUAUUUGAAGAAGCGCAAGGGAUUUGUCAAGAUCGCGCUCCAGCGUGGUGCUCCUCUAGUGCCGAUCUACUACUUUGCCGCCGCUGCCCUGCAGAUUUCUUGCCAAGUCCUCAUUUCCCUGCUCGAACGUGUAACUGUAUUGCUAGGCAACACGCAGCUGCUUGACUUUGCUGGAGGUCCGGCCAUGCAGAAGGUCUCGCGGUCUCUUCGCAUGUCGCUGCUUCUCUUCUACGGCCGGUGGUACCUCCCCGUGCCCUAUCAGGUGCCGAUCACGAUGGUCAUCGGCGAGCCCAUGGAGGUGGAGCAGGUGGACAACCCCACCGACGAACAGAUCAACCAACUGCACGAACGAUUCGUGGCCGAGUUGCACAAGCUGUUCGACGAGUACAAGCACAAGGUCGGCGGCAACUGGCACAACAAGCAGCUCCUCGUCGUGUGA